AUAAUCAUAACACUACACGCAGCGGAGAAUAAUUAAAUAAAGAAAAAAAAAAAUAUAUAUUGAGAGAAUCGGUAUGAAGUUGCGUAUCAACUACUCUCUGGCUUUAUGCUUCUUUUUCUCGUUCCAUUUUCCCCUCCACCAUCUACAUACAUACGUAGCCCCCUUUUAACACUACUUUUUCUCUCUUUAGCUUUUCCUUUCUUCUCAUUCUUCCAUUACUGAGUUUCUCUUUACUGUCUCUAGCUCUUCGAUCUCCAUGCAUCAUGGCCUAGCAAGCUAGCUACUUAGAUCAAUGCAAGUAAUCAGACCUUAACUUUAAUGGCCACUCCCACAAUAUCUUCACUCUUAACCAAGCUCAUCUCUCAUUUCUUCCUUCUUUUUCUCAACUUGGGUUGCUUUGUCUUCUCCACCAGCCCCACUACCGGCACCGACAACCACAUCCAAAGCCAUGGUAAUCACUCCAAGAAACGAAAAACCCAGAAAGCUCUCUCCUCUUCUUGGUCUUAUAUCAAAGGAAUCUUUUCGGCCAAAUCCCGUAAAACCUGUAUCCAAACACACCCUUCGACGCCUCCGCGAUCAUCCCAGCACUCAAUCGUCUCCCUCGUCAAUCCCGAACAGUCAGAUCAAUCCUCUGCCGCCGUCGUCGAAGCAGCACCUCGGAAAAAGCAUUCGCCGUCAUCGGAAUCUGACAUAGCAGCGGGAGACAGCGAUCUCUUCUUCCCACUCCGGAACGACAUCUUCCCCUGUACGGCAUGCGGUGAGAUUUUCCAAAAGCCCCAUCUCCUCGAACAGCACCUGACGAUGAAGCACGCCGUUUCGGAGCUCUACGACGGCGAUUCGGGUAAAAACAUAGUCCGAAUCAUAUUCAAAUCGGGGUGGAACGAUACCCGAAAUAAGAGCCCGAUUAUCCACAGGGUACUGAAGAUCCACAAUAGCGCCAAGAUACUGACUCGAUUCGAAGAGUACCGAGAGACAGUCAAAGCCAAGGCCGCGCGAAACGGCGCCGUUCAGAAGUCACGUGACGAGAGGUGCAUCGCGGACGGUAACGAGCUGUUGAGGUUUCACUGUUCGACGUUUUUAUGUGAUUUGGGUGUGAGUGGAAGCUCAGGGAUCUGUAACCACCAGUACUGUAGCGUUUGUGGGAUUAUCAAAUCCGGGUUCUCACCCAAGUUGGACGGAAUUUCCACGCUGUCGAGUAGCUGGAGGGCACACGUGGCGAUCCCGGAAGAGAUCGAGGAGGAGUUUCGGUUCAUGAACGUGAAACGGGCCAUGUUGGUAUGCCGGGUCGUGGCGGGUCGAGUCGGGUGCGAGACGGACGACGUGGAGAAAGAUGACGGCGUUGGGUUUGACUCGGUAUUGGGACGUGGCGGGAAUGGGGCCCACACCAGACUAGACGAGGAAGAGCUCUUGGUGUUUAAUCCAAGGGCUGUGCUUCCAUGCUUUGUGAUUGUGUAUACUGUGUGAGCGUGCGUUGGAUCCUUGUGUUGUGUUAAUUACUUUCUCUUAUUUUUCAAUUUAAUUUUUAUUUAGUUUAAUGACCUAAUCAUCAAAUAUUUGUGAAUUUUUUUUGUGAUGUGUGGUACAGUACGUGGUAGUGAUGGUGUUAUCUAAUGGGUCCCAAAGCCAAAGAUAUGGGUCAAUCCUAAUAUAUAUAUACUAGCCAGGAAGAUAUAAUAUGAUAAUUAUAAGGGGUUAUUAGUACCUAGUUUUGAGAAUUAAGAACUCUUUGCUGUGACCGUUUUGUUUGUGAAAUUGUAAGGUAAGAAUAUAGUAUUUUACUUCAGCCUUCA